AUGACAUUUGUUACAGAUUUUAUACCAGAACCACUUUCCAACACUAACUUGUUCAAACCAACUGAGGUAGGUCUAUUGGAAAUAUCGCAUCGUGUGGUAAUGUCACCAAUGGCUAGAUUUAGAGUUAGCUCUCCAGGUAAUGUCCCUCGUAAAGAGUGGGAUAUUAAAUAUUAUUCGGCAAGAUCUACUCGUCCUGGUUCAUUAAUAUUUACAGGGACAACAUUAAUUGCACCUGAUGCUACGGGGUUUGACCAUGCACCAGGUAUUUGGUCAGAUGAACAGGUUGAACAAUGGACAGCCAUCAUCGAAAGUAUCCAUAAAAAUAAGUCAUUCAUGUUUGUACAAUUAGGUGCUUUAGGUAGACUUGGUUCUCCUAAAUGUCUUCAGAAAAACGGUUAUCCUUACGUAUCUGCUUCUUCUGGACUAUACCCUACAUCUGAGCUGGAAAAGGAAGCUAAGGAGUCCGGGAACCUUCUAAGGGCGCUAACUAUAAAUGAAAUUGAUCAGUAUGUGGAGUUGUAUAAGAAAGCUGCGAGCAAUGCCAUUAGAGUAGGCGCAUACGGCAUUGAAUUGCAUUGUUUGGUGGGGUAUUUAAUGAAUCAAUUCCUUGAUCCAAAAUCUAACCAUCGUACAGACCAAUAUGGUGGCCCUAUUGAGAAUAGAGCACGUUUCCCAUUAGAAGUAUUGGAUGCCUUAAUUGAAACAGUAGGUGCUGAAAGAUUAGGUAUUAGAAUAUCUCCAUACAACGUAUUUGGUGAUAUGUCUGGUGCAGAAGAUCCUAUAUUAAUGACGCAAUAUGCUUAUCUUAUUAGUGAGAUAGAAAGAAGGGCCCAUAAAGGAAACCGUAUAGCAUAUGUUCAUAUCUUAGAACCUAGAGUCACUAACAUUUACUUGGCUGAAGGGGAAGGUAAUUAUACCGGUGGUACAAAUGACUUUAUCUAUUCGAUCUGGAAGGGACCAGUUAUCAGAAGCGGUAAUUAUGCUCUGCAUCCUGAAGAUGCCAAAGAAGUUGUAAAAGAUAACAGAACAUUAAUCAGUUAUGCUAGAUUUUUUACUUCCAAUCCAGAUUUACCAGAGCGUUUGGAGAAAGGGUUACCACUUACCAAAUAUAAUCGUGACUUGUUCCUCGCAUACACAGAAGAAGGGUAUAAUGAUUACCCAACUUAUGAACAGUUGAUAAAUGCUGGAAUCUAG